AUGGCCUCUAUAUACGAAGGCGGCUACAAUGACAGCAACCGCGCCUUCCUACAAGCCUUCAUGGCCCGAUCAACCAUGMCCUUUGACGAAGCCAAGCCAGUGCUAGCAGCCAUAUUCUCUGCUCAAGAAAAUCGCGAAGUCCUCGCCGAAGACAUAACCCAAGCCGAUCUCAACUCCUACAUCGCCGCCGCCAAUAGCGCCAUAUCUCCCUUUGAUCUCGAAAUCCGCAGCGCAAAGCCUCAGCUCGCACUUGAUAAUAAUAAUAGCAAUAACAGCACACCGGCCGCGAUUGUCUACGCCCUCGUAAACACAACCAGCGACCCCCUCACGCAACUGGCAACAACCUACACCGUCGACGAAAUCGCAUUCGUGAAACGCUUACUCGACGCCAUGUUCGAGACACACAAUACGCGGCGGAGCGAGGCGAUGGUGUUGUCGAGUAUACAGGCUAUUCAACUAGCAAAAGUCUCUUCCUCUUCUUCCCAUAACGCUUCGGCGUCUGGGUCGACAGAAAAUGCGAAUCAAGGCGGCGCCGCACAGUCUCUCACAAUACCCCAGGCAGAAACCAUGCUGGCACGGAAUUUCUUUCGCAUGCAGCAAUCGGAGAGGUGUCCGGUGUGCAAGGCCGAGUGGCCGGGUAAUAAGUACGUGGGAGAGAGGGCGAUCACGACGACGGAGCAGUAUAUGCAGGGGAGGAGACGGAGUGCGAAUACUGCUGCUGCUAGGCAGUCAGGUGCUGGUGUUAAUGACCAGGUUGAUGACCAAGCUAAUGGGGAUGCGGAAGACGAUGAACAGCAAGAAGAGGAAGAAGAGAAAGAGGAGGAGGAUGAGGAUGAGGAUUAA